GCGGGGCCGAGGCCGCUGCUGCUGGGCGUCGACGGCCGGGGCCGCGUCAGCCUGUGGGACGCCCAGGGGAGCGCGCCUGCGCCCGUGGCGGGGCUCGCCCCGCCCCUCUGGCAGCUCGACCUGGACCCGGCAAGGGGCACGGAGGCAGGCUCGCCCGCGCUAGUGAAGGCCGCCACCGGCUUGGCCGCGCGCGGCGGUGUGCCCUGGGAGGGCGCGCGGGCGCUGAGCUGGGCGCCAAGCGGCCAGUGUUUCGCCGCCGUCGGCAGGCAGGCCUCGAAGGCGGUCUACCUCUGGCGCGUCUACGACGCCGGGGACAGGUGCGCGGUGACUGGGCUCUACUGCGGCAGGGGCGGCGCCGGUGCCCGCGGGGCGGCGGAGCAGGACGGCGUCUGCAGCGCCGGGCCUCCCGACGAGGGGAUAGUCUGCCCCUGGCCCGCCCGCGCGGUGUCCUUCUGCGCCGGCGGCCACUGCCUGGCGGUUGCCGAGGACAUCCGCUUGCGCCCGCCCCCUGGCCAGCAGCCCGAGCUCGCCGUGUUCGACGUGGAGACCCGGCUGGAGCGGCACCGUGUGGCCGUCACCGAGGAGGUCUGGGGCCUCGCCUACAUGCCGCAGAGUCGGCGCCUGGUCGUCAGCACGACAGCGCGCGUCAUGCUGUGGCCGGUCGGACGCCCGCGGGGCGAAGCCUCUGACGCCGGGCUCCGCUGCGCCGUCGGCUCGCGCCUCUGGCCGCGGUGGGGCGCGCAGGGGGCCACCAGCGACGAGCCGUGGGAGGUGGACGUGGAGUACCGCGAGGAGUUCCAGGUCCGCGCCUGGGAGGACGUCGAGCUCGACAGCGAGCUGCUCGUCACCAGCGUGCUGCCCGUCGGGCCUGCCGCCUGGCACGGGGUCGAGGCCGGCAAGCGGUGGCUGCUGAAGGGCUACAGGGAGAGCGUCGCUGGCAGCGGCCUCGGCGCGGGGGAGCGCCAGGGGCGCCUCCUGAAGUUCGACCUGGGCGGUGGCGCCUCCCCGGCCAAUCUGCUGAGGAAGCUGGGGGCUCCCAUCUCCCUAGUCUUCCAGCGGCCCUUGGGCGACGACGUCAUCGCGGAGGCGGCGGGAGCGCAGGGCCACCAGGUGCACUGCACGGCGGUCUCUCCGGACGGCACGCGGCUGGCGGUGGCGACGGCCUCUCGUGCGACUGUGAAGGGGGCCAGCGACGCCUUCGGAGAGACUUGCAUGGAGAUCGCGAUCUGGAGCGUGGAAGGCCCUGUGCCUUGGAGGGUCGAGAAGGUUUUCCUGCGCGACCUCAAGGACGGCUGCCUGCUCAAAAGGAACGGCUCGCUCUGGGCGCUCGCGUGGGCGGACGUCGACACGCUCCUCGUCUCGAGUGAGGCGGCUGGGGCGGGAUCGUUGACGGCCAUCAGCGUCGCGUCUGGGGAGGUGGAGCAGCAAUGGGCUCUGCAGCCUGGGACCCAUGUCAGGGCGAUGGCCUCCGUGCCCCCGUCAGAGCCGGCGGGGCGGCAGGUGAGAAUGGCCAUCGCCAUGGAGCAGCCGGGCGGCGCCCGCAUCGAGCUCAGCACGGGCUGGGUGGGCGCACCCGGAGAGGCGCUGGUCCACACGAAUUUCAGCACCGCGCACAAGGGCACGCUGGAGCUCCUGGCGGCAUGCACCCCCUGCGGCGGCUCCGUCGCGCUGGCGGGCCGCAGCCAGCUGCGCCAGCGGGACGAUAGCACGGAGCUGACGGACGGCGAGGUCCGCGUCCUGAGGUUCACCGCCCUGGGCGCCGUGACCCAGCGCAGCGUGUGGAGCGGCGGCACCGCCUUUGAGGACACUGCGCGCCGGCGGCUGAAGCACAUCGCCCUCGACGGCCCGGUGCUCGCGCUGCUGUUCGACGCAGGAGGCGGCACCCAGGACCUGGACGCCGAGAGCAGUUCCGCGGUCGAGGUCUUCCUGGAGGAGAGCCCCGGGUGGUCGCUGCUCCACAGGUGGGAGGGCAUCCCAGGGCGCCUCGACGCCGCCGCGGUCCACUACUGGCCGGCCGUCGCGGGCAAGAACGCGCGCUCCGCGGAGGCCGCACUCGCCGUGGGGGUGAGGGAGAAGGACCAGUGCCGCGUCCGCAUGGUGCGCCUCUCCCUGCAGGGGAAGGGCCAGGCCUGGAAGGACUGGAGCAGCUGGGAGGACCUCCAGUUGCAGGUGCCCUCGCCGAGCGCGCCGCCCGCCGACGGUCACGGAGGCUGGGGAGCCGUGGACCUGCGGUUCAGCCCAGACCGCACGGUGCAGGAGCGCGACGGCAGCGUCCGCUUCCACAGCCUGCUGGCGGGCAGGUUAUGCGCACAUGGCUCGCGACAGUUCACGGUCCAGGUGUGGGACGUGGAGAGCAGGCGGAGCUCGGUUGCAGCCGCCUUGAGCCCGCUGGAGGGGCCCGCCAGCGAUGAGAUUUGGUGCGUGGAUGCAUGCUGGGUGCCGCAGGCGAAGCUGCCCCGCCGUCGCGUGGCGUACGCGAUGAAGGGCGGCCUGUAUGCGGUCGACCUGCAGGAGCGCAGGCGGAGCUCCCUCUUCAGGUUCCUGGCCCAGAAUGGCGAGCCCGCGGCCGAGAAGGAGAAGGUCACGGCGCUCCGCUUCUCGCCGUGCGGCAGCGUGCUGGCGGUGGGCAGCAAGACUGGCAUGCUGGCGGUGGGCGGCGGCGUUCUGGCGGUGGUCAGGUUGUACAUGCUGACGGAACUGGCGUCCGGCGCGUGCUUCAGGCAGGCUUGCCCGGACCUCGACCUCGGCGAGGGCGCGGAUGUCCGCGGCCUGGCGUCGCCUGGCGUGCUGCGUGCCGCGGUUGGCGAGGCGGAUGCGCAGCUGCUAAUGCCGUCCAGGGUGGUGUGCUUUCGAAGGCACAGCGUCGUCGUGGACGACCUCCGCAGCCUGUCCUCCCGCGUGUACGCGAUGAGAGCCGGACCGCUGCUCACCCGCGCGGGCGGCGGCGUCGCCGCGAGGGAGGGCGACUUCUCCCAGUGGCUGCGAGCGUCGCCCUCGCUCGUGCACCAGCGGUUGCUGAGGCGCCAUCUCUCAUGGACCCUUCUGCACGUCUACGCCCACUUCGGCCUGGCUGCGCAGGUACAGGAGAUCCUGGACAUCGGCGCGCCCUUCCUCGCGCUCGACGCGCGGGGCAGGAGCGCCCUGGACGUGGCGCUCGAUCUGCAGCAUUUUAAGGUUGUGGACACGAUCCUGAAGCACGUCUUGAGGAAGGAUCAGAGUGCUGUGCGUGGCGCGUUGCCCUCUGAGCAUCUGGCCCUCUCCAGCACCGUCGUGCGGCUGCUGGAAAGCCACCGCAUGAUCGACGACAGGAUGCUCAUCGAGUUCCUGGAGAAGUGCUGCUGCCAGGAGCCGCUGACGCCCCUGGGAUCCCACGGGAGCGUCCCCGACUCGGCCCCGCUCUUCCACGAGGAGAACAUCUGCAGCUUCCCGGCGCCGCUCUUCGUGCCGGGGGACGCUCAGAUGGACCGCCUGCUCUCGGAGGACGCCAACAGCCGGUGGUCGCUGCCAGGCAGGCUCGCUCGGCCACGGCCGGUGGAGGUGAAGGUCUGGUACCUCCGCGGCCUCGACCGCCAGGCCGGCCUGACGCGGGCCCUGGCGCACACCAGGAAGUCGCCGGAGAUACUCCGCGCUGGCUUUGCGACCACGGUGCUCAAGCACAAGUGGGCCUCGUUCGCGAAGGGGCGGUUCCAGUCCGAGAUCCGGCAGUAUCUGCUGAUUCUGAUCUUCUUCAUCGUGUUCUGCGAGAGCGGGAAGGGGCUCUGCAGCGAUCUACCCUGCUCGCAGGACACCUUGGUCGACCUUGUCCUGUUGGGGUGCACGGUCGGGAUGCUCGUGCUCUGUGUGCUGUCAAUCUACAGCGAGUGCGUGGAGAUCGGCAAGGAGGCGGCACUCUGGAGGAAGGAUCAUGGGAGGCUGACUGCGCUGAGCGUUCCCAGCAUUUUAAGGCUUGCGAUUUUGAACAUCUGGAACGUGUUCGACUUUGCUAGGAUAUUCUUGACAUUGUUGUGCGUGAUUUGCAGCAUCCUGGCCCGGCGCUCCCUCUUCGACACACUCAGUGGGCGCACGCUCCUGGCAUUCACGGCCAUCGUUUCUUGGUCGCGGAUGUUGAGCUUCUUCCGUGGAUUUUCUUACACGAGUGAUUUAGUCUUGACAGUGGUCAGAAUUAUCAAGGAAGUAUUGGUCGUCCUCAGCCUGUUGUCGGUUGUGCUUCUGGCAUUUACGCAUGCGAUGUACAUCUUUUUCAAUUUGAACGGUGCAGAGGGAUUCAGAUUGGCGUUAGAAUAUGUUUACAUAGGUGGCAUUAUCGGUGACCCGCCCGAUCAGCCAGAGAGUUUCUCGAACUGCGUGGAUACCGCGAACGGCGCGGACGGUCUGCACAACCCGCACACCGACGCCCCCAUGGACUGCGAGUGGUUCUCCGAGCACCCCUCUUGGUGUGACCGUGCCGCGCUGGAGUACUACGACGACUCCGACUUCACCGUCACGGACAUGUGUUGCGACUGCGGAGGGGGCCUCGAGGGUAACCAGUUUAUCCCGCUCGCCCUCUACAUGCUCCUGUCGGUAGUCAUGUUGGUGAUCCUGAUGAAUUUCAUCAUUGCCUUCAUGGGAGAUAGCUUCAACAGGGCCCGCGAGGACCUCGACGCCGCGAAGAACGAGAUGCGCGCAGAGCUGGUGUACGAGUACGAGGGCGAUUUGACAGAGGAUGACGCCCUGGCGAGCUCCUACAUCUUCAUCCAAUCGCGAGGGUGAAGCCUGAGCAGAAGCCCGAUCAGGAGCCAGAGGAAGGGACAGUGCCGGAGCGGAUCGCCCAACUGGAGAGGAACGUCCAGGAGAUGAAGGCUGGCCUUGGCAACUUGGGCGAGAAGAUUGACCAGGUGCUCCGAGCCCUCGAGCCCCGCGCUGCCGCCGCGACCCCGCGCGGGGGCGCCUGGAGCCCGGCGGCGGCCCCGAAUUCGCCCGAGCCCGCGACCAGGAGAGCGUGACGGCCGGCGCGGCGGGGGGGGGAAACGAGGUGACUUCGGGCUCCCAGAUCUCCUUCCUCUCUUCCACCCUUCCUCCCUCCGCCUGCUGUCCUUCUCCUCCUCCCUCCUCCAAGGGCGCGGGGUGCCUCUUGGCC